AUGGUCAGUCUUCUCAAACUGGCCAAGAUCACCGAAGAGGGUGUGCGUUUUCUCAGUCCUCACGACGGCUCCCCGAUGCUUCUGACCCCCGAGCACUCCAUGUCGUUGCAAAACUCCAUCGGCAGUGAUAUCAUGAUGCAACUCGACGACGUCCUCGUUACGACCUCACCCGACGCCGCCCGCAUGCGCGAGGCCAUGGAGCGCAGCGUUCGCUGGCUCGAUCGUUGCAUUGCCGCUCACAAGAAUCCCACCUCACAGAAUCUCUUCUGCAUCAUCCAGGGAGGCCUAGACCUCGAAAUGCGCCGCGAGUGCACCCGCGAAAUGCUCGCCCGUGACACUCCUGGAAUUGCCAUCGGCGGGUUGAGCGGUGGUGAGGCCAAGGCAGAUUACUGUCGUGUUGUCGAGACAUGUACUGAACUGCUACCCGACUUGAAGCCGCGAUACGUCAUGGGUAUUGGUUAUCCUGAGGACUUGGUCGUGAGUGUUGCGUUAGGCGCGGAUAUGUUCGACUGCGUAUGGCCCACAAGGACGGCCAGGUUUGGUAACGCAGUCACAAAGGAGGGGGUCUUGAACAUCCGCAACUGGAAGUACGCGAACGAUUACGGCCCGAUUGAGGAGGGCUGCGGCUGCAUAUGCUGUCGAAAGGGCGAAGGCAGCCUAGGUGUUACUCGUGCGUUUAUUAACCACAAUGCGGGCAAGGAAACAGUGGCUGCUCAUUUGCUGAGCAUACACAAUGUGUGGUAUCAGCUGAACCUGAUGAGGGAGGUCAGGCAGUCCAUCAUCGAGGACAGAUUCCCUGCCUAUAUCAGGGAGUUCUUUGGUGGGCUGUACGACGACAAGUCAAAGUACCCCGAGUGGGCUGUAGGCGCCCUGAAAAGGGUAGGGGUCGACUUAAUGAAAGAUUAA